CCUUGACGGCAGGGAUUUCCCUUCCCUUCGCAUGUCCUUUUUUUAUUUUUUUUUCUUUGCUGGUCAGCCAGCAUCAGUCAACAGGAGCAGCCUUCACAUCGUCAAACCAACGCAACCAUUUUCCCAUUCAGUAUUUCGGCAUUUUAUUUCUAUGAGGGGAGGACGCAGAGAGUCGAACUUGUUGCCAGCAAGGAGGCGGAAUCUAGGGAGGCGGGGCUUGGGGAACAAGAAAGCAUGGGCUAACGAAGAAUCGUAAGGAGUGGGUGGACACGACUCUGGACAACAGAGCAAGCGAUUUUUUUUCCCCCUCGGUUGAGACGCGCCCUGGGGGCACUGCUUGUUGGGAAAGGGAGGACGAAUGAAGGGGACAAAGCGACUACAUCAACGGCACACAAGAGAAGGGAGGGAGGCUGGGGAGAGUGUGUGUGAGUGAGUGAGGGAUGCGAGCUGGGACGCAAGAAAAAACAAGGAGCUGUGUGGAACUGACUGAGCAGGGGCGCGCGCGGUAACCACUGACCACCCAAUCUAGGACAAAAGAAAGGAGGCUCUUACGCCUUGGGGCAUUCUGGCCCCCUGUUCACACCGGAGGGUGAAAAAAAAAAACCAUCAUUUUUCCCCCCUUCUCCUUUUCUCCCCCUUCUUUCUGCUAUCCUUCUUCUUCGCCCCUUCUAUCCCCCGGCUGAGGAAGAGAUCCGCCCUCUGGAUAGUUAUGUUCCCCAGAGCUUCUCAUCAGUUUCUUCGGUUACAUCUCUGGAUGCAGAUGUAGCUGGUAUGUAAUAGCAUGUGCAUGGCACUCUGUAGAUAUCAUAGUAUUUUUGCCUUCGUGUUGUAGCGACCGUCGCUGCUUUUGGCUGUGUGGUAGGAGGCAAAUCUUUGUUGCAGCCUCGUUGAGAAAGAGUCUGCGACUCAUUCUAUGUCCCGAAACUGGUUAGCUUAGCGGCGUUGUGUGAUUGAGUCAGACGCGCGGCACCAGGCUGGGUCUUGGCACUAGAAUAUAUAAAGGCACGGGCAUCCCUCCACCCUCCCUUUAAAAACCUCUGGUCUCCUCCACGCGUAAACAUCAUAUCCCCGUUUUGUCCAUCACCUUGACAAGACCCGAAAUAUCGACUUCUACAACGACCUGAUCAGUGUUCGUUCUGCUUGAAGCGAUCUCUCUACUCUUCUCAAAUUCACUCCUUUUGUUCCUUUUCCACAUCGCCACACGGUCACAUCCGAGCGAUUAGUCAGCGUGGUGAGAGGCACUUGUCAGACAUCGAUCUUUCAACAAUAGAAUCCAUCACCAUCUCAUCACCCUUCCCGUUCACGAUUCGUCUAUUGCAGAUUAGAACGGCUACACUCUCUACAAGCCCCAUAUCACCUUUAGUAAAGUAGGGGAGACAUUUGGUUGUUCUUCUCCUCGACCAACCUCAUUGCCCUAAACCGCUUUUUCCUGAUACCCCGCUCCGUCACCAUUACAUCAACUUACCCUCCCGUCAACUCCACACAUCCGAAGCCUUUUCCUCAACCAUCCGCAACCUCAUCAACCGCUUCGUCCAUCAAAAAACAACAACUUCCAUUAUCGAUCUUAAUCAUGGCGGCUAUUAUUUCCCACCCCCAGAAUGCCCAGCAAGCCAAGGCUUUCACUAGCCCCGCUUCUUUGUCUUUUCCCGGUGGUGCUGGCGACUUGACUCCUCCAUCCGACGUGGAGAGUCAUAAAGCCCAAAUGAACGGGCAGCAAGUCAACGAUCAGUCCGGAGGAGUUGUUACUCCCGCGACCCCGGCUGCAACCCCAGGUGGUGGACCAACCGUUAGUGGUAUUGUGCCUACAUUGCAAAACAUCGUCGCAACCGUCAAUCUUGAUUGUCGAUUGGAUCUGAAGACGAUUGCCCUGCAUGCUAGGAACGCAGAAUACAACCCCAAGCGUUUCGCCGCUGUUAUCAUGCGUAUUCGCGAACCUAAAACCACUGCACUCAUUUUCGCAUCCGGCAAGAUGGUUGUCACCGGUGCCAAAUCUGAAGAUGAUUCCAAGCUCGCCUCGCGCAAAUACGCUCGCAUCAUCCAAAAACUUGGGUUCAAUGCUAAAUUCACGGAUUUUAAGAUCCAGAACAUUGUUGGCUCCUGUGAUAUCAAGUUCCCCAUUCGCCUCGAGGGUCUCGCCUCUCGCCAUCAUCACUUCAGCUCUUAUGAGCCUGAAUUGUUCCCGGGGUUGAUCUACAGAAUGAUUAAGCCUAAGAUUGUUCUGCUUAUCUUUGUGAGCGGGAAAAUUGUUUUGACGGGUGCGAAAGUUCGCGAGGAGAUAUACAUUGCCUUCGAAUCCAUCUACCCUGUGCUCAAUGAUUUUAGAAAAGUUUAAAUCUUUAGGGUUCAUUACAACGUUAUCUUUUCCCUUGUA